AUGGAAUUCCUUGCUUUCUUUAUUCCUUUGGCCAUAUUUCUUUCAUCUGCUAUUGUUAAUGGGGAUGGCUUAAGCAUAGGUUAUUAUCGUCAUGCAUGCCCCCGAGCAGAGGAAAUUGUUAGUAAAACUGUGGAAAAUGCUAUUAAAGGAAAUCCUGGUGUAGCAGCUGCUCUCAUAAGGAUGCAUUUCCAUGAUUGCUUUGUAAGAGGUUGCGACGGAUCAAUCCUCAUUGAUUCCACGACAGGGAAUUCAGCAGAGAAGGAUUCGCCUGCAAACAAUCCAAGCCUUUCGGGCUUUGACAUCAUUGAUUCAGCAAAAUCUAGAAUAGAGGCCGAGUGCCCAGGAGUGGUUUCUUGUGCUGACAUAGUGGCAUUCGCUGCAAGAGAUAGUGCCCAACAAGCAGGUGGAUUAUAUUGGGCUGUUGAAGGAGGUCGAAGAGAUGGAAGAGUAUCGCGCGCGUCAGACAUCCCUGGGAAUCUUCCUCCUCCCUCAUUUGAUGUUAACCAGUUGACACAACUCUUUGCGUCGAAACAAUUGUCACAGGACGAAAUGGUAACUCUCUCAGGUGCCCAUUCAAUUGGGGUUUCUCAUUGUUCCUCAUUCACUGCAGAUCGUAUGUACAACUUCAGCGGCAGGGGUGUUCAGGAUCCAUCCAUGGAUCCUCGCUAUGCUCUUCAGCUGAAGGCUAAAUGCCCCGCUUCAUCCUCUUCCUCUAGUGUUGUUGUUCCAUUGGAUCCUCUGUCUCCCACUAAUCUGGAUGUGAAAUACUACGUAGAUUUGCAGGUCAAGCGUGGAUUGCUCAAGUCCGAUCAGACGUUGAUGACAAACGAUGCAACCUCCAGACUGGUGAAGAUUAACGCCAAGUAUCCCACAAUUUGGAGGAAAAACUUUGGAAGGGCAAUGGUAAAGAUGGGUGCGAUUGACGUUUUGACAGGAUCGCAGGGAGAGAUCAGGAAACAGUGCCGUGUCCCCAACUAG